AUGUAUGAUUCAGAUAUUAAUUUAAAUAGUAAUGUUCAAAAAAUCCAUCAAAACUCACUUGACUCAUUAAAUUCUAAUGGUAUUUUUGAUGGUUCCAAUGAUUCAUUAAACUAUAAUAGUAAUGUUGAUGGUUCCAAUUUUUCAUUAAACUCUGUUGAUUAUCCUGAUGAGGUAAAAGGAGAAUUAAAAGGAAAAUUUAUUCAAAUUAAUAGUUAUAAGCCAGAAAGUAAUUAUGCAUCAUCAGGGAUACUUAACUAUUUGAAGAAACUAGACGAACAGUAUGAAAAAGAAGUGGGAAAUCUAGUUAGUGUUGAAGACAGAAAAAUAAACAAAUAUACAGAUAAACCUGUAGAAAGCAUGAAAAAAGUAGCGUUCAAAGUUUUUGCUCCACUUUUAUUAAUCCCUAUCAUAUGUACUACUAUGAUGAUUAAGGGUAUACAAAAUCAUCUAGUUUUUGUUAUUUUAGUAUCAUUUGCAACAUUCACAUUAAUAUAUUUUUAUCUUUUCUCUAAAUUAUCUAAAUAUGUAAGUAAGAGUUUUAAUAUGACAGAAGAUAUUGUAAUAGAUAAGCGAAAUAUCAAUCCAAACAUUGCAUCAAAGAGAGUUCCUUCGAAAAAUAUAAAUAGAACGUAG